AUGGAACCACCGAAAACAAUUGCCUCGGGAUUAACCCGUACGAACUGCGUCAGCAUAGCGAUCGCGGCUCCGUCGACGCCGGUGCGUGAAAAAUGGAACAACAACAUCGAGUUUACGCUGUCUUGCAUCGCGUAUUCGGUCGGUUUUGGCAACAUCUGGAAAUUUCCCUAUACGGCCCUGGACAACGGUGGUGGUGCGUUUCUAGUACCAUACCUGAUCGUCCUUUUCGUGAUCGGUCGCCCGCUGUACUACCUGGAGAUGGCUAUGGGGCAGUUCAGUAGCCGUGGGUGCGUCAAGAUCUACGACAUGGCCCCGGCGAUGCGGGGCGUCGGAGUCGGACAGUCCGUGGCGAUGGUGGUAGCCGUGUCCUACUACACGCCCAUCCUGGCGAUCACCCUGCGCUAUCUGCUCCUGUCGUUCAGCAGGGAGCUUCCGUGGAGCAAGUGCGAUCACUCGUGGAGCCGGUGUAUCGACUCAGACUUUCGAGGACACGCGAACGAGUCCGGUGUCGGCGCGGGAACGAAACAAAACGUGUCCGCGGAGCUGUUCUUCACUAAUACUAUCAUGCAUCGGGCACCACUAGAGCAGGGUUUGGGGUGGCCCUCCAUGGAGCUAGUGUUGUGCCUUGUGGUCUGUUGGCUCAUCCUGGCAGCGAUCCUGAUCAGGGGCGUUCGCAGCACCGGGAAAGCGGCCUACUUUCUGGCCAUCUUUCCAUACGUCAUCAUCUUCAUGCUGCUCGGACACUCGCUGAGUCUGGAGGGUUCCCUAGAGGGAAUCAAAUUUUUCCUGAUGCCCAAAUGGGCCAGUCUGUUCCAGGCCAAGGUGUGGAUGGAAGCGGUCACGCAGUGUUUCUUCUCGCUGUCGAUCUGUUUCGGUGGCAUCAUCGCGUACUCUUCGUUCAACAAUUUCUCCAACAAUGUCUACCGGGACGCCAUGAUCAUCUCCUGGCUCGACACGUUCACCUCGAUCGUCGUGGGCUGCAUCGUGUUUGGGGUGCUCGGCAAUCUGGCCCACGUGACGCACCGUUCCAACAUCCAGGAGCUGGUACGCGAGGGUCCCGGUCUAACGUUCAUGGCGUACCCGGACGCGAUCGCCAAGUUCGAGUACUAUCCGCAGCUGUUUUCCCAACCUGGGAGCGGUGACCAGCGUCAUCACGGCGAUCCACGAUCGCGCUCCGUCGGUCGCCAACUGGAAGAUCGUUGUCGGCGUUAG